UGCCUCUAGAUAUGGACAGUCUACAGGUUCUCAGCUUUCGUCAGACUUGAGUUGAUGAAUGCCGAGAAGAUUUAUUGCAUGCUAUCAAAACCGCGUCGAUUUAGACUAUCAAAAGACCAGUAGUUGCGAAAUUUAAAAUAGAUUCCUACUCGGGCCUCGCUCAUCUUUCAGGCUCAAUUUAACCUCUCGCCUAUAGAUCACAAGGRAAAUAUUUUAAAGUUAAAUUGACUAUAAUUUAAAGGAUUAUAUUCUCCUGAAGAAGAUCAAUUUUUAUCUUCAAAAAGAAUGACUCUCCACGAAUCUGUACCAGCCUCAGAGCUUCAUCUCAUGCAAAAUGCUUUCAAGUUAUUUGACGGCAAUGGAGAUGGAAGAAUCGACUUCAAAGAAUUCGAAGAUGUAAUCCGUGCAGUUGGCUACAAUCCUACAGACGAACAAAUUCGUUCUACGUUCGAGCAGUUUGACAUCAACGCUGAUGGCGAGAUAGAUUUCGAAGAGUUUGUCGUCAUGUCGAAAAAUUUUUCGGGAUGCAGUCGACAACAUCUCGAAAACAACUUGAGGCAGGCAUUCAGAGUUUUUGAUCGUAAUGGAGAUGGCUACAUCUCAGCUGAAGAGCUCCGCUACGCGCUCACCAAUGUGGGAGAAAAACUCACUCCUAGAGAGGCUGAAGAAUUCAUCADCAUGCUUGAUCGCGAUGGCGACGGAAAGCUCGUUUAUGAGGAAUUUGUCGUGAUUGCAAAGAAAUCGCUCUCUGAAUGUCUUAAGGCGCUAAGGAGCAAAGAAACAGAAGAAGUACUCUAGAUAAAGUUAAUCGCGGGCUUCCUGUGUUGUAAAAUAUGGCYGCUGUUCCUAUAUUUCAUAAGUAUAUGUAAAAUUCACUWAARGCCAAAGAAUAUUUGCAKUUGAUAAAUCUUUUGAAGGUUUUUUCCCCUAAUGGACGCCUCAGGACUUGAAUUAGAAGAGUAAUUUCUGUCUUUUGGUGUAGUAAAAAUGACUUAUCUUGACAAAAUCUUUGUGCAAAAAACUAACAUUGAAACAGCUUCUUUGUAAAGAACAGGAAAAAAAAAUGGGUUUUUAGCCCACUAUACUAAAUACAA